AUGUUGACAAAGCAAGUGGUGCCUCUGCCACCCCAGAAAUUGUCCCUCUCCUGUUCCCCUUUAAAUGUUACAAAAAUCCCAUCUUUUGUGAAUUUAAAAAAUGGGUAUGGUCAUAGUUGUAGCAUAGUCAAUGCAAUAACUUUGGAUGAACUUCCCCCAAACGCGAUUCGGAGGAAGAGAGAGCCGCAAUGGAGAGGAGGGUUCAGCCUUGGACUCGACUUGGGAUUGGCUCGCACUGGCCUUGCUCUCAGCAAAGGCUUCUCUAUUCGACCUUUAACCGUUUUGGAACUCCGAGGACAGAAGCUUGAGGUUCAGAUUAUUAACAUUGCCGAACAAGAGGAGGUUGACGAGUUUAUAAUUGGGCUUCCAAAAUCUGCUGAUGGAAAGGAAACACCACAGUCGAACAAAGUUCGAAGUGUUGCUGGAAGGCUUGCUGUUCAAGCUGCUGAGAGGGGUUGGAGAGUAUAUCUACAAGAUGAACAUGGGACAACAUCAGACGCCAUAGAUAGAAUGAUUAACAUGGGUUUAAGUAAGUCGUCUCAGAAAAAGAAACUCGAUGCUUAUGCUGCCAUGAUGGUGCUGGAGAGAUAUUUCUCCACUUCAGGUCAGAGUACUGAACUUGUUCUGCCAAAAAAUCUAGAAUUACAAGCAAAACUUCAAAGGGGUCCUCCCAAAGAUGUUGAUUUCUUCUCGGAUGAAGAUUAA